UAUGUCGUCGUCGCCAUCCUCAACCAUGGCGGCAGCCUCUGGUGGACUUGACAAUGCAGCAGUCAUUGGCCUCGCUGUCGCUGUUCCUUUCUCUGUAAUUACAAUGUUCGGUGCUCUCAUUAUCGUGUUCAAGGCGCGGAGGAGAAGAUUGAAGCAGCAAAACUCAUUUCGAUAUCCGCCGUUUGACAAGAUUAGUUCGCCCCAGUCUACCAUCAUCCACCGCCUACAUGAUACCGAUGGAGCUCUUGAUAUGUCACCUCAACGACCACCAAGGUUGCCGACUGACAUGCGAACCUUCACCUACGUCCCUAUCGGGAAGCCCGCAAAACCCAUGUCAAUAUACUACCCCAAGCGUUCCACAAAUAAUCACACUCGAUCCACGACACCUUCUCAAGCUUCCUUGCGCGCAGAAACGCUAGUCCGAACUCCUCGAGCACACACACCUCUCCGGCCGGAUGCUCAAACACCGGAAAUGAGGGAGAAGCCUAGGUUUGCAAACCUACCUCCUCCCUUACCGCCUCCAAAAGAUGCGGGCCACACUGCACGCCGGCCACUGGCUCCACGCCGUCUUCGCAGUUCGCCGGGUGGGCUGUACGCUCUGAAUCUCGUCGAUAGUCAACAUAAUACCACGUCGCCGAUCUCGUAUAAGAAUGCACCUCCAUCAUUAUCACGUCCGAACAGACAGCCUUCCAUCCACAAGAUUGCCUCGUCUCCAGAUGUCCGAACAGAUAAUCUAGUAUCCUUGAGACCUUUCUCUCCUACGAUAGCCACCCGACUGCCUGCUACACCCGAACUACAAGAGCCUGGAAUGCGACCAGCUCCGCUCAAAACAAAGCAGUCUCAUCAGAACAUGCACGCUCCUAGCCCUUCAUCACGUUCAACUCCGAAGCGCGAUACCCGAUCAACUCUCAAAUCAAGUACGAUCUCACCCCUCAAGUCCUCAACACACACCUACCCAACCCUUCAAAACACCCCUGCGACCCCUCUCAAUGUCCAAGAGUCUCCUUCACUUCUAUACCCAUACGCAGCCGAACUCGAAGGUUGUGAUGCCCAAAAACACCUCCCAGACUAUCGUCACAAACGAUACCAUCACCCGGACGAAGCAUCUGAUAUACUCGACAACUACAAUACGCCCUCCUGGCGCUCCAACUUCACACCACACACAAACUUUACCCAGUCACCGCUCUCACCCUCGCCUGGCGCAUCUAGCCCUCCAGAGUUCUCAACAGGUCUCAGCGCACACCCUACAGGUGUGACAGAACCGACACCAUCUUUAUCAUCUACAGCGCAAGAGGUCCCAAUCCGCAUGGACCAUCCUAUCCCAGACGACUCGCCCACACUCCCCCGACAUCUAACAUGGUUCAACACACGCGUACCCUCGCCUCUAGGCAGAGUCGCCAACGCAGUACGCUCGGCAAGCGCGGCGAGUAGCCGCAGUCUAACGCGAACGCUAAGCCGAAAAAUCCUCCAUAAGAAGAUGGACGUUGAACAUGAUGCCGCUCUUAGUGGCAGUUCUCGCGUCACUUCCUUUGAGAGUUCUACCAUAUCCUCACCCGUCUCCCCCGAUACCAGCCGCGGCGAACGCGUGCCGAUAAAACACAGCCCUGUAUCGGCCUUGACGCCAGAUGGCCGCGAGCAUAUCGCGUGGCCUGUGCCAGCUAUGCCUCGCCGCGUGCAUCCAGAGCCCUUGUUCGAGGAAGUGGAGGAUAUAGAGGCGCGGAGGGAGCUGGAGAGGAUGAUGACAGGGCAUGUCAGGGGCAAGGGAAAGGCAAGAAUAUAG